GUCUGUAAAUGGGCUGGGGUGUGAGGGGGUUAAAGACUGUACAACUACAGGGCCUUAGGUGUGAGACAGAGGGGGACUGAGAACCAAUACAGGGACUGGUGUUAAAUUUAUAGCAUCAGACUCAGUCACUGACAAAGAACAAGAUGAACAAAUACAGGAAGCAGAUAGCAGAGCAGUUCCUGAGUCAGGCCCUGGGCAUCAUCUGCCUGCUGACCGGAGAGGAAUACACCAUUGUGAAGAAGAGGCCCUCCCACAGCAGCGUUCAACAGCUGAGCGGAGAGGUGCCUAUAAAGUGUGAUGAUGUUGCUGUGUAUUUCUCUAUGGAGGAGUGGGAGUAUAUAGAGGGACACAAGGAGCUUUACAAGGACGUUGUGAUGGAGACUCGCCAAGCACUAAGGGCUAUGGAGAUCCCAGGAAAUGAGAGCUCAGAACAAACAGACCACAUUGAUGAAAAUCUAGACACAGAAGCACAUGGAAAACUAGUACAGAAUAUUCAGCCAGUGGAGACCCCAUUAGAUAUCUCUGCAGAACUAACAUGUCACAGUGAUGAAAAUCUAGACACAGGAUCACAUGCAGAACGUGUACAGAAUAUUCAGCCAUCAGAUGUCUCUGCAGAUGACAUUAAUACUGACGUAGAUGUAAAAACAGAAGAUCUGAGUGUAACGUGUCAGCUGGAAGCUUUAAUACAGGAAACGUGUGACAGUGACAAUGAAGGUGUAAAUGAUGCUAAGAUUUCUUGUAAGAUGGAAAAAACAGAAAAUCAGUGGUUAACAAGUAUCACAGAAGCUGCACAGCAGGAAAUACUUGACAAUAGUAGUACAGCUCAUGUUAAGACUGAAGUUACACUUAAUGCUGAACAGACUAAUGAUCUGUAUGCAAAUAGUCAGCAGGAAGCUGUGAAGCAGGAAAUCAGUGACAAUAUCAGUACAGAAAAAAGGGUUCUGAACUUUAUUAGUUCCCUUAAUAUAUCUGAUAUCAGUGUGUUCGAUUCUUUCCCACAAGCAAUAUAUGGCGAAUUAACAAACCGCUAUAAUCCUAUUCAUGGUCAGAGGGAUGAUGCGCCUUUCAAUCAGCUUCAAAAUCAAAGAAUCCCCAUGGCCCAGUGUUUACAGUGUGGAAAAUGUUUUACCAGGAAAUCAAAUCUUAAUACUCAUCUGAAAAUUCAUACUGGAGAGAAAGCAUUUUCAUGUUCAGAAUGUGGGAAAGGUUUUAUUCGAAAAUCACAACUUAUUAAGCAUCAGAAAUUUCAUACAGGAGAGAAAGCAUUUUCAUGCUCAGAAUGUGGGAAAUGCUUUAUCCAGAAAUCACAUCUUACUGAGCACCUGAAAGUUCAUACAGGUGAAAAAGCAUUUUCAUGUUUUGAAUGUGGUAAAUGUUUUACUCUGAAAUCAAAUCUUAUUAGACAUCAGAAAAUUCAUACAGAAGAUAAAGCAUUUUCAUGUUCUGUAUGUGGGAAACGGUUUAUCUGGAAAUCAAAGCUUUUUGCUCAUCAAAAAACUCACACUGGAGAGAGAAAAUUUUCAUGUUCAGAAUGUGGAAAAUGUUUUAUUCGGAAAUCACAUCUUAAUGAGCAUGAGAGAAUUCACACAGGUGAGAAAGCAUUUGAAUGUUCUGAAUGUGGUAAAUGUUUUACUCAAAAAUCAACUCUUAUGAAACAUAAGAAAACUCAUAUUAAAGAGAAAAUAUUAUAAUGUUCUGAAUGUGGGAAGUUAGAUCUUAAAAGGACUUUAAACACUUUAAGAUUAUAAUAUGAAAUGUUAAUUAUGUGUAUUUAACUAAUAUACUUUUAUUAUUUUAUCCCGCUUAAGAAAUGGGUGUUGCCAUGUUGAAAAUUAGCUUCUUUUUUUUUUUUUACCUCUUCUACUGUGGAUAAUUAUGUACAGAUAGUGCAAACAAUAUAUGUGUAGAAUAUAGAGACUGCAAACCCUAUUAGUUAUUUUAAAAGAUCAUUAAACUUCUGCGUACAACUACAGUAGCGGUUACUACUCACCAUGCUAUUGAUUUCUUUCCAAUGGCAUGGAGAGUCCAUUCAAUUACUGUUGGCAAAUUCACCGCCUGGCCACCAGAAGGAAGCAAAGAACACCCCAGCCAGAGCUUAAAGGGAUAGAAAAAUUAAACUUGCACGAUUCAGAUAGAGAAUGUAAUUUUAAGAUCGCACACAGACUCUAUGUUGUCCCUUCUUCACAUUACAGGUAGAAGAUAAAUCUGGACAAGAGUUCCCCAUUUACCAAUACAAGGAUUUUGUUUUUUGGGGUCAUUCAUUGACUCGGUUUCCAUAAAAAAAAAUUCUACUGGAUCUAAGACGUUCCAAGCUUCUCUCUUUCCCUUCAAUCCUCUACCCUUCCUUCAGUGGCGCGGUGCAUGGAAGUACUAUGUCUCAUGGUAGCCUCCAUGAACAUUAUUCCUUUUUUGCUCGCUUCCAUCUGAGUCCUCUUCAACUAUGUAUACUCAGUCUAUGGAACAGCAAUCAUUCGGAUCUAUCUUAGCGGAUAGUUCUAGACAACCUCAUUAAAUGAAUCUCUCUCUUGGUUUCUCUUUUGGGAUCAUCUGGCCAAGGCAGGUGCUUUUGUGACUAUAGUAGGAGAUUGUGUCUACAGAUGCCAGCCUCUCAGGCUGGGUAGCAGUCUGGGGUUACUUAAGAGCCAAGGGAUCCCAGUUGCUGGAGGAAUCCGUCCUUCCCAUUAUAAAUUUGAGAACAAUCUCCUAUGCUUUGAUAGCGUGGUCUUAUCUGCGUUCUGUCCGAUUUAUCAGAUUUCAAUCUGAUAAUUUAUCUGUGGAUUAUAUCUCCCAUCAGGGAGGAAUAUGAAGUUCCUUGGCUAUGAAGGAAGGCUGUCGCAUCCUUCAAUGGGCAAAGUUCCACAAUGGUCUCUUGUCAGCCUAAUAUAUCUGUUCCCUAUGUUUGCCUUUCUUCCCAGGGUAAUAGCCAGCAUCAAACAGGAGCGGGCCCCUGUGAUCUAAUUGCUCCAGCUUGUACUCGCAGGACUUGGUUUGCAGAUCUGGUGAAGAUGUCGUCCUCCCCUCCAUGGA